GUUUUGUGUUUGGCGAUCGAUGAAGGUGAUUGACGAAUUUUUGAUAAAACCAAGUGGAUUCUAAUCAUUUUACACAGUGCUGUGUAGUUCAACGAAAGGAGUGCCGCGUCAUCCAUCUAGUGUCAAUUAAUCGGUGCGUGCAGUGCGUAUGUCCGCCUCUGGAAGAGACAAAAUAACAGUUAGGAUUCACAAUAUGAAGCGAAGCAUUGACAGAGACACCCCGCCUCGCAGCAAACGGUCCCGCUCGAGCAUAGGAAGGUACGACGACAGCUCGGACGAGGACCGCAUCAGGAGGCGGAGUAGUCGGGCCAGAUCGCCCAGCCCUAGGGCUCGCUACGUCUCUCCGCACCGCGAUGAUUACAUGCGCCCCCCGGAGCGCUCGUACCCUUACAAAGUGCUCUGCGUCAGCGCCCUGCAUCCCAAAGCUAGUGACGAGGUAAUCAAAGACACGCUGUACAGGGAGUACAAGAAGUACGGAGACUUGAGCAUUCGAGUGACUCACGAUUUGGAGGAGCGCGUCGCCUAUGUGUGCUUUCGCAACCCUGAAGAUGCCAGAGAUGCUAAACACGGCAAACCGCGCAUCAUAAUCUAUGACAAAGUAGCCCUAGUCGAAGCUGUCUAUGAAGUACCCCGCGCUAAUGAUGUUUAUCGUAGCAGACCGCGUUCUAUAAGCCCUGAGUAUGACAGACACUAUUAUGCUAGGUCUCCAGACCGCAUGAGAGCUGUCGAACGUGGUUAUGACAGGGGGUAUGCGGUGCCCCCUGGCGUCCCAGUGCACCGCGAUUACAGACGAGAUGCCAUGCCUGCGCCCCAUCAUGAUUACCUAGCCCGUCCUCCCAUGCACCACGGUCCCCCCCACAUGGGGCCCGUACACGGGUACGGGCCUCCCAGACAAGGUCACAUGACUAGAACUCCUUUUGAGCAAAAUAAAGAAAGUAAGAAAGAUAAAUUUCCAAAUUAUUUGCAUCAUGUGCAACCUGAAGAUGAUCCUUUGGCUACCAGAACACUUUUCGCGGGUAACCUUGAGAUUAAUAUUACUGAGGAAGAGCUUCGCCGCAUUUUCGGUAGGUACGGGGUUGUGGAAGAUAUUGACAUCAAGAGACCUCCACCUGGUACAGGAAAUGCUUUUGCUUUUGUUCGCUUUAACACUUUAGACAUGGCGCAUCGCGCAAAAGUCGAACUCUCUGGUCAGUACAUUGGUAAGUUUCAAUGCAAAAUCGGUUAUGGUAAAGCUACUCCCACCACGCGCAUUUGGGUAGGCGGCCUAGGCCCUUGGACCUCUGUUCCGCAGCUAGAACGCGAAUUCGAUAGGUUCGGCGCCAUAAAAAAGAUCGACUAUGUCAAAGGCGACAACCAAGCUCUCAUCCUCUACGAUAGCAUAGACGCCGCGCAAGCUGCCGUCAAAGAGAUGCGAGGUUUCGCGUUAGGGGGCCCCGAACGCCGCUUGCGCAUAGACUUCGCUGACGUCACUCCGGGGGUCAAUCAAAGGCCCAAGGCUGCUUACCCUGCUGCCGAAGACUACCGACCUAGAGAGGGGGACUAUGAUUACGAUUAUGACGCCUACGGCCGCAGGGCUUAUCCCGAGGGCCGUAGCGGAAGCAGGGGGCCCUAUAGGUAUCCAGAGCGCGGGGUUGAAGACGAGUUUGGUAGGGUGCGGGACCCGGAAUACGACCGAAGGCGGUCGGGUUCUAGAGUGGUUGACCGAUCUAGGUCAAGGUCACCUAGGCGAUCUCCGGAUUCCGAUUCGGACAGCGGGUCUAGACGUGCGGGGCUCCUAGCUUCCAGUCGUACUUUACCGGAAGUAGCUAGAAAGUGCACGACGAUAUGGCAAGGGGCACUUAUUUUGAAAAAUUCGCUGUUUCCCGCUAAAUUCCACUUGCUUGACGGGGAUACGGAUAUCGUGGAUGGUUUGAUGAAGGAUGAGGAAGGGAAACACCAGUUGCGCAUCACGCAAAGGCUGAGACUUGAUCAGCCCAAGCUAGAGGAUGUGCAAAAGCGGAUUUCUAGCGCUAGCUCGCACGCUAUCUUCCUAGGUUUGGCUGGGUCUACAGCUUCCGUGACUAACGAUGAUGCUACCGUGCAAACUAGGCCUCUCAGAAACCUGGUUUCUUAUUUGAAGCAGAAAGAAGCGGCGGGGGUUAUUUCGCUAUUGAAUAAAGAAACUGAAGCUACAGGGGUGCUGUAUUCCUUCCCUCCUUGUCCUUUUUCCACUGAGUUGUUGAAAAGAACCUGUCCCAACCUGUCUGAUGAAGCCAUUAAGGAAGACCAUUUGAUUAUUGUAGUGGUACGUGGUGGUACUGCAUAAUUUUUUUGGCUUUGUUUUUUUGUUUGAGCACUGUAUUUUUUUCAAGAGUUGCCUCUUGUACUGCGCAAUUUGGACGACUGAAAAAGUAUAGUCAAUAUAUUAUUAUCUAGUUUGAUGCAAUACCAUAAGAAAGUGUUCUUUGAAGUUCUGGUUUGGUAGAUCUAUGGCCUGGAGAAAAGUCUGUACCAUUUUUUGUUUUUCAGGACUACUUACCAGAUUCAAAAUGAAGGGUAGGUGAUGAGUAAUGUAAGUAUUCAAAUGAAAAAUUGAUCUGUAUCUGAUGAUAAGUAGAUAAUUCAAAUUAAUGACCUUUAGAUUUUGAAAGUAUUUUUUGCUGUGAUCAAAACUUGAUUGAAGGUCCUUCUUUUUGACACAAAACAUACUUGUUACCUCCAGUGAUAGCUUCAUUUCUAGGAUUUUGCAAGACUUGCACAAUAUAAUUUCUUUUAAUCUGCCAGCAACAUUGAUUUCAUUAACUGUACAGGUUGUCCCAAAUUCGACGGGAUCUUGGUAAUCAUAACAGAUACAAAGUCGGCUAAAUUAGUGCAAAGAUGCGCAAUUUGAUGCUGAUC